CCAGUAUUCGCUUCUUACUACUUGAUUACUCACUAUUCGCUGACCACCGGUCUGCAACGCACGGGAAAGGUGCUGCCAUUCAUUUCUUGAUCCUUCGUGAAUGCUCUCCUCGCAAAACUGUUGACGAUCACUUCCCCUCUCAUCACCGCGAGCACAGAAAGCAACGUCCUUCCAUCGGUAUUUUCCAUACAGGACUCAUACAUGCAUAUCCUCUUGUGGCUUCCUGCGACGACCAAGUUUUCUCACGCCGCACGGUCAUCCCAUUUCGAAAUUUUCCGUUCAGGGCGAGCAGAUCCGAAGCAUCUGAAUGCGCACAUGAGAACAUGCAUUUCUAUCACAUGGCACGCCUGUCGUUCGAAAAUGACGAUGGUCAUAACUUUCCAGGGCUAUCCAGUUGCACUCGCACGCCCCUGGCCUGCCCGUGCCUUUUUUCCGGCUGACCACCAUGAGAGCACAUUGAGUUCUUCCCAUUAUCAACAUGUGCCAUUCUGGCUGCAUGCAAGACACAGCGCACUGACCAAGGCCAAGCGUUCUCAAGUAUCUGAUAUGCACCUAAUAAAUUGCGCUUGUGCUCGUAAAAAGGUACGUUGCAAUUUCACUUUCGGUUCGGUUACGUUUCUAGCCAGCCCCUCUCCUACAAUUUACAUCGGGCUUUUAUUCGUAAAUUAUGCCAAGCUAUGCCACACUAUAGAUGCAAACAAUGAUCUAGGUUCUUGGGAACGCUGCUGAUCACUAAAGACUGUGAAAGAGCAGUCCAGCUCGACCCACCGGAAGAACAUUUUGGUGUGCUGUAGUGGCAAAGCCGGUACUCCUACUCCCCUUGACUGGGAGCACUGAGGUCGAACUACACUGAGAGCUCUUUUCAGAGCUCAACGACACAUUUGUUUCUUGAUUCAAACCUUUCAAAAUCAACAGCAUUGUAAAGCAAGCCCCAAGGA